AUGAGUAAGCCAGUAGAUGUUCUUAUGAUUGGUACGGGCGAGUAUACAACUGGCUAUGUUCAUGGAAAAGGCUCGCAAUCAGAUAAAAGUAAAGGAGUUGUUGGAAUAACAUUAAUUGAUCUUCGUCGUCGUCUGAAAACGUCUCGUCUUGGCAUUUGUGGUACAAAUGGUAAAAAAUUUAAAGAUAUUCGAGAAUAUAUGCAACAAGCGAUUGGAAAUAUUUAUAAAGAUAUGGAUUUAACUCUCGAAUGGUGGCCUGGUGACGAUGAAUGCAACAGCGAAGCAUAUAUACAAGCUUUGGAUUCAUUUAAAGCUGGUGAUGCAUGUACUAUAUUUACGCCAGAUGAUACACAUUUCAACAUAACAAGAGAAGCAAUACAACGAAAAAUUCAUGUACUAGUCACGAAACCGGCUGUUAAAACGUUAGAAGAACAUCGUCAAUUAUACGAAGAAGCUAAGAAGCAGAAUGUGUUAGUAAUGAUCGAAGUCCAUAAACGUUUUGAUCCAAUGUAUUCAGAUGCUCGUGAUCGUAUUCAAACACUUGGCGAUUUUUCCUACUUUUAUUCUUACAUGAGUCAACCAAAAUUUCAAUUAGACACAUUUCGAGCAUGGGCUGGUAAAUCGUCAGACAUAUCAUACUAUUUAAAUUCUCAUCAUAUCGAUUUUCAUGUAUGGGCACUGUAUGGUCGAUCAAAACCGGUAAAAGUCGUUGCAAUGAGCUCUGUUGGAUUAGCUUCAAAAGAAUUCAACAUUCAAACAGAAGAUACAAUAACAUUAACUGUACAAUGGUUGAAUAUUCAAACGAAAACACAAGGCACAGCUAUUUAUACAAGCUCAUGGAUUUCACCUAAAACCGAUACACAUACUCAACAAAAGUUUCAUUAUAUGGGUCAUAAAGGAGAAAUACACAUCGAUCAAGCGCACAGAGGUUAUACAAUGGGAUCAGACGACGAAGGUUACAAAAGUAUCAAUCCAUUAUACAUGAAAUUUAUUCCAACAGAUGGUUAUUUUUCUGGUCAAUCUGGUUAUGGCUAUCGAAGUUUUGAGUCCUUUAUUGAUGCUUGCUCCGCUAUUAAUUCUAAACAAUCAACACUAGAAGAUUUUGAUUCUAAACUACCCACAAUCAGUACGACGUUCCAAGUAACAGCUAUCCUAGAAGCUGGACGAUUAAGUUUAGAUAACUGCAAUGCGUUCGUUGAUAUUGUUUACGAUGGAGACGAUUCAAUCAUCCCAAAGACAUUAAAAGUUAAAAAAUAA